AUGACGAGAGGUUGGUCAGAGGGCGCUUCGACCGUCACGGUCGUUGGGUCGACUACCACGGCUUCCAGCAGGGCGUCCAACCCAGCAAGACGCCAUGAAGUCGAUGGCAUGUACAAGCUGCUCCAGAGGGAACCUCACGACGGCGUCAAGUGUGUCAUCGCCGUGGUGGGAGCCUCGAGCUUCACUUCGCUCGACCACAAGCUGCAGAAUCCUUGGUGGAAGUUCUGGAAACCAAAUCCAGGUGUCUUCGUAACAACACCACGAUGGCUCCAACGCACCAUCAACCAAGUCGAAGACGAAGGACGCUGCCAGCACCUCACAAUCUUCAUCAGCAAAAAGGUCGACAGCAUCAGCUUCCACAUGAACUCCAGCAUCCACGACCUGGGCAUCUACCGCUGCUCCCACUACUCCCACCACUCCUACCCGUCCUCCUCCUCCCAUCCACAUCCCACCCAAAGCAGCCGCGGUAGCCGCGUCCUCGUCGACGGUGCCUCGACAUUCAACGGCGUCCGCCUCGACGAGUGGCAAGGCACCCGCCACCGGCGCCACGCCAUCUUCCUUGGCGACGGCGUCGGCAUCAGCGUCGAGCUGGAGGGCGCGGACGGCUUCGCGCCCUGGACCGAGCACGUCGCCUGGCUGCCCAGCGAGCAGCGCGAGCAGAUCUACGGCCACUUCAUCUGCAUGAAGCAGAGCAGCCCCAACCAUAACAACGGCACCGACGAGCCCUGCUGGAGCCGGUGGCGCAAGCACCUAGCGAUCGUGGUAGGCGUCCUCAGCGGCGCCGGCGAGAUCGCGCCGGCCUUCGAGGUCACGCCGACAGGCUGUUUCGUCGAGUACAAAUUCGGCGCCGUGGCGACGCCGUUUGCGCGGAUGCGGACCGUGGCGUCGGCGGCGGGGCAGGCGCGGUUGCUGGGCGCGAGGGUGCUGGGGACUCCGGUGUACUUCGUCUCCUGGAGGGGCCUGCUCAAGUGGAUCCAUGGCGCGUUGGCGGUGCUGUGCAAGAGGUAUUGGGCGGCGCUGGAACGGCUGUGGCAGUUUGUGGCUCGGAUGCUGUUGAGGGGGGCUGAUGAAGUUCGGGGCCAUCAUGUGCGUCCUACUUUGCAGAGGUCGAAGUCGUCAAGGGAUGGGAAGCAGGACCAUGUGCGUCCCCCUUUGCAGAGGUCGAAUUCGUCGCGGGAUGGGAAGCAUGUUUCGUGGAAAGGGAGAGGGAUCACGGUUUCUCAUUGUCACAUCGGCGAUUCUUGA